ACCAUGAACGAGCAAAUUUUCAGGUCGUCGUUGCCACCUAUCCCUCUUUCUCGCAGGUCGAUCUUCACCCAUCUUCUCGGAACGUCUCCAACCACACCACAUCUUGUCGGUGGCUUCCCUGUAUCUUCCCCGGCUUUCAUCGAUGCAGCCACUGGGGUAACAAUUUCCCGUGGGCAACUCCGUUCCUUCGCUCUGCAGCUUGCGCAUUCUCUUAUCAACUUGCCUGAGCCACUUCGACACCAGCCUAAUGGAACUACUACUACCCGACCAACCGUACUCAUUUUCUCUCCGAAUAGCAUCGUUUGGCCCAUAAUGGCUCUCGGCGCUUCUGCUGCGGGCUUUACCGCCACUCUUGCCAACAGUGGAUAUAACCCAGACGAACUCAAGCACCAGUAUGUCGACGCCGGUGCUCAUCUUAUUUUCGUCCACCCGUCACUACUUGACACCGUGAAGAAGAUGCUGACUUCAAUCGGGUGCUCGGAUAUGCACUCCAGAGUUAUUGCGGCUACCUCGGGUUGGCUCACAGGUGUACCAGAUACUAAGAUAUCGGGUGCAUCAGGUUUCGUCUGUCUCGAGAACCUUCUUGGUCGCGGGCAGCUUUCUUGUGAAGUGAACUUCGACGGAGAGCGGUCUGAAGAGACAGCCUAUCUUUGCUACUCCUCAGGAACUACGGGAAAACCCAAAGGCGUACAGACUACCCAUUACAAUGUAACUUCCGUUGUCGACAUGACUAAACCCCUAUGGCCGAACACGAGACCUUGUCUCACGGCAUCCUUAGCGGAAGUGACUGGACCUGAGCAGCCAGAUGUCGCCCUUGGAUCUCUUCCCUACUUUCAUAUCUAUGGACUGGUGACGCUUCUUCUACUUCCGAUUGCUCUUUGCACACCGAGCGUCGUCACCUCUGGGUUCGUUCUCGAAACAUUCUUCAAGGCAGUAGAGAAGUAUCGUGCAACAGGUCUGGUGCUUGUUCCUCCCAUACUGACCGUAUUUGCUCGCCACGAAGGCAGGUAUCCCUUCAACAAAUACGAUCUCGGCUCCCUCCGUACAGUACUCAGUGGAGCUGCACCGCUCAGCCGGGACUUGGUACUGGCCGUUAAGAAACGCUUUGAGGGGGCGGGGUAUAACGUCACUGUCACUCAGGGGUAUGGCCUUACGGAGACGUCGCCCAUCGUGUUCAUACUGCCUGACAAACAUGCGUACCAUCAUCCGGGCUCUGUGGGAGUAGCACUCCCCAACCUAGAGGUUCGACUAGCUCGUGAGGACAAUGGAGAGGUUUUGACUGAUAUUGAAGGUGGUGGAGAAGUAUGGGUAAGAGGACCGACAGUCAUGAAGGGCUACCUCAACAACCCGUCAGCCACCGCUGCAGCCAUCACCGACGAUGGCUGGUUCAAAACGGGUGACAUCGCUAUCUGCAGUAAAGAUGGAUUCUUCACGAUCGUCGAUAGACGGAAGGAGCUGAUUAAAUACAAGGGGUUCCAAGUGCCACCUGCCGAGCUCGAGUCGCUACUCUUGCAACAUCCUGAUGUGGCAGAUGCAGCGGUCAUCGGUGUACUAAGCACGGAGACAACAGAAUUACCUAGGGCUUAUAUCGUCCCUGCACGAGCUGUCGCGAAGGAGAACGCAGAGACGUUUGCGCUAGGCAUUCAAAAAUGGGUCGCUCAACGAGUUGCUCCACACAAGAAGCUACGUGGGGGAAUUGUUCUGGUAGAACAUAUUCCGAAGAGUGCGUCUGGAAAGAUUCUACGUCGUGAACUUCGUGAUCGUUCUGCGUCAGACAUGGUAUAUGGUCAGAUUGGAGUCCGUGCUAAACUGUGAUGGGGGUAUUGCUGCGAGAGUAGGCUCCUGUGUGUUUUGUCUUACGAUGGCGGGAGCCUGUUGGAUCAAGGAGAUUAGUUGGUUUGUCUUCCAUGUUCCGCUGUUUUUGGGAUUCCAUGUUGACCUAGGAGACGCACCCCUGCAAUACCAUUCGAACUGAUCAAACUGUUUACCAGACUUCCAGCUUUGGGGCGUGCCCAGCGCUAGAAGGCUGUUGUAAGGUAAAUCGCCUUUUCGUGCUUGUCUCGUUGCAGUUUGAUACUCAGGAACACCACCUUUCUUGUUGGAAUAUGCCACCCGUCCGAGUGCGCUUGACUACCAGUUGUUGCAAGGUAAAUCACCUUUUCGCGUUUGUUCCGUUGCAGUUUGAUACUCAGGAAAUACCACCUUUCCCGUUGGAGUAUGCCACU